GUUCCCGUGUCACCUGCUCGAGGUGACUCUGCCUUGGCAGGGGGUUGGACCAGGCAUCUCUAGAGUCCAGCCCAACCCUAAGGACUCUGAGAUUCAGAAAAGAGCGACCUUGCGUGAGGGCACCAGAAACACCAGCCUCCCCGAAAGGAAACCACCCCAACGCUGCAGCUGUAGCCGAAAGCGACGAUUUCUCCCCCAAGGCCGCUCCAAACCCCUCAGCUUUCCCCGCGGCGCUUUCUCCCCGCCACCUCCGGGCACCCCCGGCGCUGCAGCCGGACACCGCCCCGGGUGUGGGGCGGCCGCUCCGCGGCCUCACGGGAGUUGUAGUCGGGCGGGGAGAGCCGGAGCCUCACCCCGGGCCGCCUCUGCGCGACAUGGCGGCGGCGGCCGCGCAGGUGUCACAGAGAAAAAUAAUCAGCAUCAACCCAGUGGUCUUCAAGGAUAUGAACUCUGCAGUUUUUAUCUAGAUGGAUGAAAAGGUUAACAGCCCAGGAGGGGAGUUCCUUUUGUUUCCAAGAUGGCAGCAACGAGUGGUGAAAGCCAGCUGCAGCGGAUUAUCAGAGACUUGCAAGAUGCAGUGACUGAAUUAAGUAAAGAAUUUAAAGAAGGAGGCGAACCGAUCACAGAUGACAGUGUCAACUUGCAAAAAUUCUCCUACAAGCUUGAGUACCUCUUACAGUUUGACCAGAAAGAAAAAAGCACAUUGCUGGGGAACAGAAAAGACUACUGGGAUUAUUUCUGUGACUGUCUGGCAAAAAUCAAAGGAGCUAAUGAUGGAAUCCGCUUUGUCAAGUCUAUUACAGAACUACGAACCUCUCUGGGAAAAGGACGAGCAUUUCUUCGUUAUUCCCUGGUUCACCAAAGGCUAGCAGACACCUUGCAGCAAUGUUUUAUGAACACCAAAGUGACCAGUGACUGGUACUAUGCAAGAAGUCCAUUUCUGAAUUCCAAAAUGAGUUCUGACAUUGUGGGUCAACUCUAUGAGCUCACUGAUGUUCAGUUUGACUUGGCAUCAAGAGGCUAUGAUUUAGAUGCUGCUUGGCCAGCAUUUGCCAGGAGGACUCUGUCCUCACUUGGAUCUUCAGCAUAUUUAUGGAAGCCCCCAAGUCGCAGUUCCAGCAUGAGCAGUUUAGUGAGCAAUUAUUUGCAGGCACAAGAGUUUCCUUCCAGCCCUGAUGUAAAUAACUCACUAAAUGUUGAACACCUUGAGGGCUACGAAGAGAUGCGUUUAGAACUUGACCAGGCUGAGCUGAGGCAGAGGGAACUUCAAGAUCGUAUUCACCAGCUAGAAAUGGAAAACCAGGAGCUCCAGGCAGCUGUCAGCCUUCAAAAGGAACAAGUACAGGUAGAAAAGGAGAAGAGCAAUAACUACAGUGAGGAGAACUCCCGGCUGACAAAGAUGAUCACAGAGUUACAGAAGCAAUGUGAGGUCUCACACUCCACUCAGAGCACUGUCCAUGACCUGCAGAAGUGCCUACAGUCACUGGAACUGAGUGCAGCAGAGCAGCAGAAGGAACACUCAACAAAGGUGGAGCAGCUGUUGAGCAGCCAGGAAGAUUGUGUCUCACAAUUGCAGGUUUCUAAUCAGGAGCUGGAGACCUCUAAGGCUUUGAUUGCUGUGAAGGAUCUUUGCAUUGAUGAGCUCAAAGCCAAGUUGAGUUCCACAGAACAGAAGAACCUCAACCUCCUUGCUAAAGUUGAUGCUGCCUUGGAUGAAAAGGGACAGCAAGCCACAGCCCAGUAUGACUCUGCCCUACAAAUACGGGCACUGUUAGAGAAGCUUCAGGAGAUGGAAAAGGAAAAGGCAGAUAUGCAAAGACUCAAUGCUGAACAUGCAUCUCAGCUGAAAGCAGCAAGGGAGGAGCUGCUGCUGAAAGAACAGGCACAGAAGGAACUGGAAUCCAGAUACAGUAGCCUCACUGCUAACUCGAAAGAAGAAAGUGAAAAGCUGACUGGGAGCCUGGAGACCAUGGCAAAGGAAAAGGAUGCACUUCAGGAGGCCCUGACUCUGAAAGGAAAGGAGAUGGCUGAGCUCCAGACCCAGGUAAUGGGGUCGCUGGCUCAGGUGGGUUCGCUGGAAAAAAAUCUUGAGGAAGCUAGGAAGGAAAAAGAGAAACUUGAAGAGGAGUAUGGUAGGAGAGAAGGAGCACUGAAGCAGGAAGCCCAGUCACAAGCAGAGCAACUUGAACUACAGGAGGGUCGCUUAACAAAGGUGAGUCAGACUGUGUGUAGCCUUCAGGAGCAAAACCAGAAACUCAUGUCUGAGAAGGAGCAUCUCAGACAGAAAGUCAAGGAGCUGGAGGAGCAGAUGGAGCAGCAAAACUGUGCAGUGAGUGAAUUGGAUGAGGAAAGCAGGAAACUGAAAGCAGAGAAUGAGAAUUUGCAGCAGUCUAAGAAGAAGAUUGAAGAGAAGCUGAAAAAUCUGGAAGCUUCUAAAGCUUCCCUAGAAGCUGAUGUAGCCAAGUUGAGAGCCUCUGAGAAACAACUUCAGAGUGAGAUAGAUGAUGCCCUGGUGUCAGUUGAUGAAAAAGAGAAGAAGCUCCGGAGUGAGAACAAACAGCUGGAUGAAGACUUGCAGAAUGCCAGGAGGCAAAGCCAAAUUCUGGAGGAGAGGCUGGAGGCUCUGCACUCAGAAUAUGAAGAAUUAAAGCAAAGAGAAGAGACCUCCAGGGAGUCUUAUGCCUCACUUGAAGCACAGCUGAAGAGUGCCAAACAGCAUAGUUUACAAAUGGAAAAAAGCUUGGACAUGUUGAAGGAAAGCAAAGAGUGUCUCCAGUCACAGCUCACACAGAAGGAAGUAGAACUGCAGGGCAUGGAGAGCCAAUGUCAUCAGCUAAGAGCAGAAGCUGAAAGACACAGGAAGAAAGCAGAGACUCUUGAGAUAGAAAAGCUCAGUGUUGAAAAGACAUGCCUUCAUCAGACAAAACUUAUAGACUCUCUCACAUCAGAAAAGGAAUCAGUGGAAAAACAGCAACUACAGCAGGCAGCGUCCCUGGAGAAGGAGGCAAAAGAGUUGGCCUUCAGACUGACCAUGAGUGAAGAGCAGCUGGAGGUCAACAGAGGUGAAGUGUCCAGGCUGCAGGCAGAAGUCCUGGAUCUGCGAGUCAAGCUUCAGCAGGCCGCUGAUGAGAGAGAGAGGAUGAGAGGUGAGCUGGCAGUCACUGAGACUGUCUUGAGUGAACAGAAGAUGCUUGUCCAGCAGCUGAAAGAGCAGAAUGAGUCUCUCAACAGAAAUCAUGUGCAAGAACUGGUGGAAUGUAAAGAAAGAGAAGAAAAGCUGAAAAAAGAGCAGGAGAGAACAGCCCAUCAAAAAGCUGACCUGGAAAAUAAUUUGAUGAACCUAAAGGAAGAGCUGUCUAAGGUUAAGCGGUAUUUGGAAAAUGCUAGAGUGGAAAAUGAAGAAAAUAAAGAUCUCCUCCACAGGACCAACACUGAUAUGGCUGAACUUGGCAUUCAGAUUUGUGCCUUGACCUCUGAAAAGGUGGAUGCAGAAGAGCAGUUGGCCCAGGCCACAGAAAGGUUCAAAGAACUGGAAGAACAGGCAGCAGAGCAACAGGAGAAGCUGAAGCUUGAUGUCUCUAAUCUCAGAGAGGAGAACAAGAGCCUGCAAGAGAAAUUAGAGGAGGCUCAAAUGUGUGCCGCAGCUGUCCCAAGUCUGCAAUUGCAGCUGGAGACAAUAAAGAAACAGGCACAGAGUUUCCAAGAGACCAGCCAAGAAGAGCUGUCUGCAAUAAAAUUUCAAAUGAGCACAGAGAUUCUAAAUUAUCAGACAAAAUUCAAGGCUGUCACUGAGGAGUGUGGGAAAGUAAGAGAGCAACUUGAGGAGCAGAAGCGACAACAGCAUGCAGCAGAGGAAGAGAUUACAGAGUUACAAGCUGCAAACACUAGUUUGUGUAGAAAGUUGGAUGAAGCAAGAGAGCAACUGUCAGAAUCAGAAUCUGCUCGGCUGCAGAAGGAAGAAGAAGUGACUUCUCUUAGAGAACUCUUGGAAAGGAUCCAAAAAGAAGCUGAUGAAGCAAAAGAGAAGAUCCUGGAUUACACUGAGAAGCUCAGCAAGGUGGCAGCAGAUAAAGAUAGCAGUGACCAGAAGUUAUUUGCUGAGCUGGAUGACCUGACAAGAACAAAGCAGUUCCUUGAAGAACGUUUGAUAGAACUUAUCAGAGAUAAAGAUGCUUUGUGGCAAAAGUCUGAUGCUCUGGAGUUCCAGCAGAAGCUUAGUGCCGAGCAGAGGUGGCAGGGGGACACAGAAGUCAAUCACUGUCUGGACUGCCAGAGAGAGUUCUCAUGGAUGGUGCGCCGACACCACUGCAGAAUGUGUGGCCGCAUUUUCUGCUACUACUGCUGCAACAACUACAUGGUGACAAAGCUUGGUGGAAAAAAGGAGCGUUGCUGCAGGGCUUGCUUUAAUAAGCCUAGAGUCAUUGUGGACAGUACAGAUGACUCUGGAUCCAGUGCCAACCAGGAAGGAUCACCAGCUUCAUUGGAAUCGCCUGUGUCACCAUCUGAGAGAGCUUUUGUUGCAAGUGAAGCCUCUAAACCACCAGAUGAUGCAGCUUUUGAUAUAAUCACUGAUGAGGAGCUGUGCCAAGUACAGGAAUCAGACUCUCUCCACAAUGAAAGUCAGAUGGAAAGAGACUCUCUGGAUCAGAGUGUGACAGAUCUAGACUUGAACCAGCUGAUGGAGCUUUAAAAAUGAUGGAGAUGAGAACCCAGGAGAGGGAAGAGAAGGGAGGCUUGCUGUCCAAGUAGAAGAUCUGCAAUUGACAUGUUCUGUUGAUGUAGUUUCUUAUGAUCUGUCUCUUGCUGACAGCAGAGAUUUUCACACUGACCAUACCUAGAAUACUAGGUGUGAGCCUUUGCUGGAGUAAAAAUGCAAGUUGGUUGUCAAAACAGUGAAUUAUCUUAAAGGACACUCCUGUUCCUAUAUGUCCCCCUUUUGGUGCCUACUGUACUUUUACUCUAUUUUUCACUUGGUGUGUUAGCCCUGCCACCGUUGUCUCUUCCUUGAAGUGACAUGAAACAAUUACAACAAAAUUAUUUCAUAAAAGCAAAUCUUGAGAGUCUGCCUUGAUUGGUACAGGUCAGUUGAGAAUCAUUUAAAACUCACCUCAGUCAUCAGCUGCAGAGGUGUGUGGCAGAAUAAGAGAGAUGAUUGUACCACCAUAACUCUGGCUGACCUUGAAGUAGCUAUUUGCUAAAGGUUAGGAUUAAGCAGCAGUCACUUCAUCCUUGCAGGUUUGUUACAUGCAUUUGGACCAACCUGAUCAAAAUCCUGAAUGUGAGAAGCUGAGAUUAAUUGUGCAAUUGUGAUACAUCCUGCUACUUCAAGGCACAUAGGUUUUCUUUUGAAGUGUUGUAUUUUUGAACUCUUAUUUCUAAAGCAUUCACAUUUGCAUAGUGUGUUCUAAAACAAAGGGCCCCAGGAUAAACCAGUGCACUGUGUUUCCAUUUUUAUGUGUUGCAGGCAUAACAUGCCUUCAAUAAAUGUUGCAGCAGCAAAAUCAAGAUCAUAGACAGCAGAAGAAUGCUGAGAGAAAAAACCCCAAAGUUGCCACUAGCCUGGUACAGGAACCAAGAGUUUAUUCACACCUUGGUAGUGGUAGAAAGAACAUCUCAGCCUGUCUGCACAGUGGUUGCUUUGGUUUGGAUUGUUUUUUUUCUUGAUGACUCAUAACACUCUUGGCUGGCCUAAUUACAACCCACGUGGCCAGGCAGGGUGCGGUGUGGCCAAAAGGGGGAAGUGAAUGUGGUCUGAAGCAUUCCCUGCCCAAUGCAGAACCAUCCAGGAAGGAGAGGAGACAGGAGCACCUCUUGCCACCCCAUGCUGGCAAAGCCUGCAUUGCACCUGUCUUGAGAUGGCACCUUUACACAUGCAGUCACACCACAUUGCUUCAUAGCUUUGUUUUUAAGGAUAUUUCACUGUGGGAGAAACGAGACAUUGUGUAAUAAGGAAAGGAUUGCCUAAGGAGCUGUUUCCUAAAGGGAAAAGUGGUGAGAUGGGCACACUGCUGCCAAAAAGGGUCAGGUGCCUCUGAGCUGCAGUGCUCUGAUAGGAAGGCUUGGGUAUUAAUGGGGAGUAAAAGAACAUCCAGAGAGUGUGGUUUUUGCAAAAAUGGUUUGAAGCAGUUAAAAUUGGUAUUUCAAAGCUGUAAUGCAAAGGACUUUGACCCUUUGGGCCAGACCCAACCCUGCCUUUACUGCAAGCAGCCCACAAUUGUAUGAAGUCAUCCCUUUGCUCCUCUGCAACUUCUUUCUUUUCCCUGUUCCAGUCUCCACACCUACUCUACUACUUUGUGCAAGACCUUUUGCACAUUUUUCUGCCCCCUGCACAUCUUUUUCCCUCCAUCUGGGAAGCGAAAAGCCUAGAGGUGGAAAGGGAGAACGGGUGGAAAGGGAGAACUGGUGGAACAAGACUGGAAAACAACCAAGAAAUCUGCAGUUUCAUGACAAGGGAACCAAGGUGCCAGGAAAAACAGACUGGAAAGAUGUCAUGAUGCAAAGGAUCAUCAGGGUGUGGGGAAUCAGGGUGUGAGAGUUUGCAUCUACAGAAACACUGCUCAGUGUUGGAGGCCAUGGGUGUGUGAUAUGAUAUUCCUGCUGUUCACAAGGGGCCUGGUAAUCUGGCAACAUGAGCUCUGUUAUCAGAUAUAGGAUACAAAGGUGUGUAUGGGACAUUCAGACUGUGAACCUGAUAGAAGGUGAAAGGCAGGUGAAAAUGCUGCUUUAUUACAGAAAUUUUAGUUGAAUGCUAAAGGAUUUUGUGUACAGACCUCGUCCUAGAUAGGAAAAAAACCCAAAACAUCCAAAAAAUCCCAACCACACAUGAAACCCAGCAUGAAGAUUGAAAUAUAUGUGUUUAAAAUUCAGGAAUUUGCAUUAAAUGAAUUGGCUGAACAUAUUACAUAAAAUAUGAAAUAUAUUUGAAACAAGUCAUAAAAGCUUUCAAUAAACAAACACCAUUCAUAGAAAACCAUCAGGCCAGAGGUUUGGGAGUCAGGAAAUUUAAAUUACCUUUAUGUCAUGAAAAGUAGAGUUUUAUCUCUUUUUUUUUUUAAUACUUUUUGAAGUUCUUCUGCACUGUUGAAUCAGUUACCAGCUUGGACUGAAAAAGCAGGAAGCAAUGGAGUAUCAUGAUGGAAAUAGGUUAGUUCUAAGCUGAUCACAGUGUUUUUACUAAUGGUAUUUCCUCUUUCACUCAGACUCCCUACAUCAGAAUUCACAAACAAAACAAACAGAAAAAGAGAAGCUGAAAAAUAGUUGCCAGAUUUUCUAGGCAGUUUUAUAGUGGGUAAAUGUUUGUGGCAUCUGCACUAUAUAAAGCAGUAAAAGAUUUAGAAUCUUCCUUUUUGGUGGUUUGCCACUGUUGAGCUGUAACUUUCCAUUUGGCACAUCUUGAUUUUAUAAUAACUUUGUGUUAGUACUUCUGAUUUUCAUUCUGUGAAGAAAUAGCAGGUUAAGAUAGGCAUAAAAAUAAGUAAGAGCUUUUGUUACAGUAAUUGCAUAUUUAAAGCUGCUGUUCAAUUUAAAGCUCCAGUCUAUGAUUUUUAUCAAUCUGAAGAAAGUAUAGGGUAUCUGGGUAAGAAUAAACAGGAGAACUACAGAGAAUAAUUUUAUACAUUUGUUCUUUUGGAGACUUCUAGCACACAGUAAGGUUUUAAUAAUUAGUGACUAGCAGAUGAUCAUGGCUACCAUGGGAAUAAAAUAAGCAAGAGUCACUUGGAUCACUUCCAGAACCAGUUCUGUGCGACAGUUUGGGUAUUCUUCCUGACAUAUUGCCUUAUCAAAAUUAACACCUCCCAAAAAACAAAGUGUGGUGCAGCAAAUGCUUGUGAGAUCAAGACAGAGAUUAAUUUGCCCCAUGUAAUUUGUUUGGUUUGGCACAUGUGCUUUGGUAGCAAAAGUAACAGCAAUAAGCUGGUCAAAGGUGAUAGACAUUAGAGUUAACAUUGAAGUGUAUACAAGCCCCAUGACAUGCCACAGUCCCUGAAAUCCACUCUUGAGCAGCAGAAUAUGCUCAGAGGGGCUGCAUCCAAAGAAAAACCUAGUUAGCUAUAGCCAGGUUCAGCAAAAGUACUGUCAGUUUCUGUCUGUGUCUUCAGUUUCAUGUAGAAACUUAGUUUGACAAAGACCAGUGCAUUUCCUCCUAGGCUAAGGAUGAAAACAACAAAAUACAUAUGUGGCAGGAAGACUCUUAAUAACAUGAAAAUUCUCAUUUCUGUUUUUAUAGGGGUCAGUGAUGGAAAAGCUAUAAUAAAAGUAUCUGUCGUUGCCAUGUUAUGUUCUUUUUAAAGGCAGCCUGGACGGAGACAAAUUGGGAUUUUUUUACUCAGCAAAUAAUUAAAUCCUAAUGCAUCCAGGAGACAGACAAAAUCCUAAGUGCUAACAGAUAAGAGUUGUAGUAAAGCAUCCAUCACAGACAAAAGCAAAUCUAUUUAUUUGCUCAAGAGGAUUGUCUUGACAGUCAAGACCCAAGCACAACAGCUGGUGGAUUUGAACCAAUCAUCUGUUACCAGAUUUAUACUGAUGGGGACUCAAAAGCAUACUCAACAGACAAUUACAAAGAGGCUUCUGAAAACAGUAUAAGGAUUAAGCUUUCUAAUACAUCAGCGAUUUAGUGCUUGGAUUGAGGUUCCUGGGGAAACCCAUGAGAGAAAUAAAAUUUGUUUUGCCAAAUUUACCAUUUAGGCUCAGGUUGCAGGCUCUGAGCAUCAGAGCUGUUUGGCUUGGGUUGGACCUGUUCCAAAAAGGCAGGAUUUGAGUCUCAAUGAGUACUUCAGAACUUGUGGUUCAGUUAAGCCUCAUCUUGUUCUAUAGAUGUCAAUCACAUCAUCAGAUGGCAGCACUUCUUCCUUUCCCCAUUUCAAGUGAUUUACUAAAACAUGGAGGAUUUUUGUUAAUGCACUAUGUUCGUAUUACUCUCAGAGGAAGGAGUGCCCAAUCCUCUGUCAGCCCCUUCCAUCACAUUCCCUCACAAGAGUUGAUGGGGUUUUGCAGUGCCAGCUCUCCAAGUUAAGGAGAGGCUUAACUCCUUAAACCUCUCCUUAACUCAACAGCCCUGCAGUCAGGGCUGUUGCCAGCACAUAAAAUAACAGCCCUAAGACUGGUGAUCUUUGCAAGCAGUUUACCUGGUAAAUUAAAUCUUUUGUAAGAUAGGUUUAUUGGCUUUUUAAAGAUUUAGCCCAACGCUAAAUACCCUUUCUUUUGAGCUACAAAAACCAUGUUUCUGUGAGAUUAAUCCUACUACAAGAUAUUACUCAGUAUAAGAUUAGCAGAACUCACCUCUGAUGCGAGAUUGCCUGAAAGGCCUCACCCAGUGAGUUUUAAUGUACAGCAGUUCAAGUGUCCCUUGGUUCUGCAAGAGAGGGAAGCUCUACUAAGAGAAAUGAGCCCAUGCAGGCAGAUCUUUGCAGCAGCCUGUGCUAACAUAGCUGGGAUGCCUCUGGGACUCUGACUUGCAGAGCAGUGAGCUUGUAUCUCUGAUUGCUUGAGUUUGGUACCUGCAAAUGUGUAUAAAGAAAAACAACACCAAAUUUGACUUACUUCUGCAGCAUCAUUUAUUGAAAGAACAUUACUGACACAAAAAAUGUGAGGCUGUGCAAUGCUUUUUAAAAACUGAGUUCUCCCUUGUGCAUCAUUGCAUGUGAUAGAAAUUUCUCUGCCUCUAAGAAACAAACUGAGAACAAGGUGCUAAAUAUUCACAAACUGUCCCUGUCAAACAGGGGAGCAAUAGGUUGUGAUAACCACCUGCUUUUAUCAGUUAUUCUGAGAUGCAGAAUUGUUACAUGGUUUUCUGGGGUCCCAGGAUGAGGGAAGAGACGAGACAGUUGACUCCAUGCAUCAGAAGGCUUGAUUUAUUAUUAUAUGAUAUAUAAGAUAUAAAAACUAUACUAAAAGAAGAAAGCUAGAGAUUUCACUACCAAGGCUAUCCUAAGAAUAGAAAAGAAUGUGUAAACGAAAAGUCUUCUCAGCCCGAGACACUGGACAGGUGUUUUGUGAUAGGCUCUCAACUGGAAACAGUCCGACGGGGCCAAUCAGAGAUUUUCCCGUGGCAUUCCACAGCAGCAGAUAAGAAUUGUUUACAGUUUGUUCCUGAGACCUCUCAGCUCUCAGGAGAGGAAAAUUCCUAAGUAAAGGAUUUUUCAUAAACUAUGUCGGUGACACAGAAUAAGGCAUGAGGAUGACACAGCAGUGGCUAAACUGUGUGGUGACAUAUGUGUUGUGUGAAUUUAUCCCCUGUAGGGAAUGGGCUGAGAGAGUAGCUGUUACUCCUGGAUGGGUCAGUCUGAAGAACAUUUGAUUGUAGAGCUGUGAAGGACCUUGGGUGCAGAAACCACCCUGACUGCAGGGAACCUUCAGGCUCUGGGAUGGAGCAGCCUCUGUGGAUCUACAGGCUGGGCAGGGAGGGCUGGGGAGGAGCUCUGCUGAAAGGUCAUGGGGCUCCUGGUGGAUACUGGUGUAAACUCAGGCCAGAAACUGCUUCUGCUAUAGCUCUCCUAUAAUUCUGCCUCAGUUUCCCUUAACAGCCUCUAAAGAACUGUGUGAAAAAAAAAUUCAAAGGUAUCUUAACUAGUGUUACCUACAGAGGUGGCUGUAGCCUUGGUGAUCUACAGGCUGCAGUAUUUGGGCUAUACUGGCAGCAGCUUGUCGGUAUUUUUAGUGUUGAUUUCCAGUCGUCUGUGUGCUGCCUCCUGCUGGGAAGGGGACUUGAAAGCACCCUGGUAAUCCCUUGUUGCUUGUUCUGAACAUUUUCCAAAUGCAAUGUUUGAAAGCUAUCUUCAUCUCAGAGCCUUUGCCAAACAUCUUCCCUAUCACAAUACCAAAAAAAAAAAAAAAUUUGCAUGUUUUCCCUUGAAGCACAGAAAUAUUCCCUUGUUGUGAUUGUUUCCCUAGCUUUCUUUCUCUGUAUUAUCUCUUGUCUUGAAGAUAGAGUGUGACCAGUUUUAAGGCUGGGGGGAUCCUUUUGUGUUGUUUGUUGGUUGUUUUUCUUUGUUUCAUACAGGAUGUAGCAGAGCUAAGUCAUAGAUACUUUUUUGAGAAAUAGCUGGGAUUUCAUUUAUAGCAGUAAGCAUCUGAUCCAUAGCACACAGUGAUGGAUCUUCAUGUCCAUCCAUCUUUUUCUGUGUAGUUUUGCAAUUGUCUGUGUGAUGCUUUCCCAUCUCAAUAUAUGCCAGGGUUUGCCCUUAACACUUCCAUCCCUUUCCCACCCAUACACCUUCAUGCAAGACACUGUCUUGCACCCUGUUAAAAACUCAGUGAGCUCUAUAUCCCCCUUGCUCCAUCCUAAAUCAUGCCUCUUUUCUUGCCCUUGUCAAGGGCUAUCUGUGGUAUUCUUUCUUCUGAUCCUUUGCUGUCCUCUUUCUAUAUUUACUGCUCUUUGUUGGGUUGGAGAGGAAGGCUAAUAACUAAGUCCUGGGGUGGGUCUGACCUGCUAGAUAACAGCAGGCCCAGGGAAUCAUUGGUGCACUUCAGCAUAAUGCCUUUGAUUAUUUCUUUGCAUUUUCAGAUGUGUUUGCUGGGCUAAGCAGCUGUUAGGGGCUCUGUACAGCCUCCAGUCUCCGUUUCAGGUUUCUGCCUUUCACACAAUUCG